UCUAAAAUAAAUCGAUCGUUUGAGAGGACUGCGAGUGGAUCGAUUGCGAAGAAUUAAAUACCAAUCGGUCGCUAAGCUGUUCGUGUCCAAAGAGUAAUUGUGCCAAAUUCUUUGGCCAUCCCUCCGUGGUGGUUGGAAGGAAACGAAAAGAAGUGAAUGUGCUUCGGUGGAAGGGUGAUCUUCAAGUGAUCUUGCAAGUUUUCUGUUUGUUUGGAAAAGUGCACGAUGAUGACGGUGAUUGAUCUCAAAUUUUCAAAGUUCAACGACACCCCGUGGGGUUUUCGUCUCACUGGAGGAGCGGAUUUUGACUUUCCUCUCACUGUAAUAAAAGUGACCGAAGGCAGUUUGGCGGCACAGGCAGGAAUGCAACUUGGUGAUGUCGUUGUCCGUAUCAACGACACUCCCGCGAGCAAUUUAACGCAUUUGGAAGCCCACAAUGUACUCCUUGCUGCUGGGAAUAAUUUUAUGCUCGGCAUCCAGAGAGAGAUUGAGAAUGUAGCCCCACAGGUUGCUGCAGAAAAUCCUCCAACUGUUGCACCACAGCAAACAAUUAAUGAACCAAUCAUCGAGGAACCAGCUGAAGAGGCAGCAACGGAGGAGAAGACAAUGGAUAUUGCAGUGACUGAUGAUCAAAUUGCCGAAGUCAUCUCCAGUGAGGCUGAAGUGUUGAAGGAUCACAAUGUUAUUGGGGUGAAUUUCAAUAAAAUCAUGCCACAAGCCAUGGCACUGAAGACAAGUGAAGUCUUCAAGACACUCAAUGCAGAAGCAGUUAAAACGAAGGAGGAUAAAAUUCAGGAGGAACGCAAAUGGACAACUUUCCUCCAGAAACCAAAUCGUCCUAUCCCCAAAUCCAAAUGGGACAUUGAACAGGAGAAGAGAGUACCCUACAAGGUGAGAAUUGUAAAGCAACCAAAACCAAAAAUUGCUCCUGAUCGAGUUCCAACACCAACUCCAGCCCAGGAGGAACCGACUAAGAAUCAACCCACGGAGGAAGCAAAAACGGAAGAACCAACUAAUCAUACAGAAGCGGAGGUUGAAGAAGCUCAGCAGGAAAAUAAUGAAGAAGAGGAGGUGAAUGAAGAAGAAUUGGUAACUUCAACUGCUGACAAUGAAGUUCCGGAUUUGGAGGAGCCGCAUCAGGAGCAACCGGAAAAUCCUGAUGAAAUGCCGAGAGAAGUUGAGGAAAAGCUUAUAGAAGUUCAACGACAAUUGAUGUCACUCUCAAAUCUACCGCACGCCAUUAAAAGCACAUUGGAUGCAGUUACAGAGCAAUUGUCGAAAAUUGUGCCAAUUGAGAAGGACGAGCCAGAAGCUGAAGAAGCCCCUCAAACUGAAAUUCAAGAAGAACAUGUUGCAGAAGAUGAGAGACAUCAUGCAGCGGAAGAUCAGGAAGUUUCUGAUAUUUGUGGAGAAAAUGAAGAACAGCAGCAACAUGAGAAUCAGGAGGUGAAUAACAAUGAAAGUUACCAUCCGGAUGAUCAAGAAAUCAUGGAUGACAUAAGAAAGAAUAUUGCAGACAAGGGUCAAGAAUCGGAGGAGGAAAUGGAGCAACAGCAGCGCCUUAUUCGUGAUCGAACCCCCAAAAUACCACCAAAGCAGAAAUUAACGUCUGCAUUUGGUCCACUUGUGCCGCAGGAAAGGCCAAUCUUUCUCCCCGGUGGACGCAAGUGGCGCAAACCGAAAGAUGCCUUCAACGAUGAAUUCAUAGCGGAAGUUCUCAGCUCCCAGGCGGAACUCAUUGUUGGCACAACUCUUGGGGUGAACUUCCUCAAGUAUCAGAAGCCCGAGAAGAAAGUCGAUCUGAGUGGGAGUGAGGUUUACAGAAUGAUCCACUGCAUGGAUAAGGUGCCAGCUCAUGGAAUUGCAGCACGACCCGAAAAGGUCUUCACAGCUGAAGAUGUCCAUCGCUCCUCCUCGCCUCUUGCAAACUGUGGCCAGUAGGAUGCUGACGAAGAAGGGGUUGCAGUUGAUUUAAAAUUGCGUGCGGUAUUGUUUGAUUGUUCUUUUUUUGUAACACUUAGCACUCAUUAUAAAAUUAAAAUAAUUGAUAAACGUGGGGUAA